GCCAUGCUUCCAUGAUGUGGCGGAUCCUGCCUGUGACCUUUCUUCUCUUUGCGGCGCUGUGCUGCUGCACCUCUGGCACGUUCUCCCAAGGUCGGCCAGGAUCACCCGGACACUAUCCGAACGAUGGAACGAUGGUGUUUUUCUACCUGUUGGCAGGUCUUGUCAAUCCAGCCAAUGCCAGUCUCUCGACUCCCCUCGUAAAGGCCGCUUUCCAGGUACGACUUGCCCGUCUGUUCCAGCCCGCGCACUUCGAAUUCCGUUCUCUCAUUCCUGUCCUUCCUCCUCGCUCCUUCUGCAGGGUGAGGUGUGGCCGUUUCUCUUCCGAUUGGCUUCCUUCAGCACCAAUCUCAGCGAUACCCAGCUGCAAGCCGCCCUCUUUGCUGCCAUUCAUGGCCAAGAUCCCAUGUCGACAGUGCCCCUGCUGCUGCCACACGUGGCCAACCUCGAUGCGCGUGAUGAGGAGGGCAAUUCCGUGCUCCACCAUGCCGUCAACGCCAGCAAUCCUAGGCUGACCGAGCUGCUGCUGCAAGCAACCCCCGCCAGGAAGGGCGGCAAGCGAGUCGACAUCAACGGCCGUAACCACAUGAAUGCCAACGCGCUGCACAUGGCGUUGUCGGGCUGCAAUGAUGCCAUUGGCAGUUCCUGUCUGGAUAAGAUCCAAACGCUCAUCGACCACGGUUGGCCACUGCAAAGCCCCUCCAGGACGACACAGGUGUGGCAUCUAUCUUUGCCUUGUGCUUGUGUGUGUCAGGAAUCGAUAUUGAGGCCACAGGCCCCGACUUUGGGAUGCAGAUGCUUCAUCCACCACUUCCUUUCGGAACUCGCUUCAGACAUUCCGUCAUUGACGGCCGCCUUCGUGUGUCCAAUGUCACUGCGCUCUCACAGGCCGCCAUGCCGGUGGUGAGACAGAUGAAGAGUCCGACGGUAUAAGAGACACUUGCAUGUUGUCCUGAUGGUCAGCCUUGUGUCCCUUGUUUCGAGCGGCUGCUGCACAACGGAGCGGAUGUUCAUUCGCGCUCCAGCCUCGGCACCCCAGUUGUGCUGGCGGCCACCUUCGACUGCCGGGCAGCCAAGCCAUUCUGGCCUUGCCGUAACUGCACACGGGGGCAGGCAGAGAUUGUUAAGAUGGCCUUACGACGGGGGGCCGACGUCAAUGCUGCUGGCGAAUACGGUACAGCCCUCCACUGGGCGGCAUACAAGUGAGUGAUGACGAAAGAGAUCAAGGCACACACAAAGACUGGCGGUCAUUUACUCUGUCAGCGGUUGUGUCCGGGUGGCAAAGACGCUUCUCACGAAUGGCGCAAAUCCCACUCUUCCAAUUUCUGGCUCCGACAACACCAAGCCGCUCGACAUUGCCAUUGAAGCCGUGAGAGCGCCGCACCCACUGCACGCAGAUCGAUGGCACCCUCACGUGAGUGGUGUGUGGACGGACAGGGUCACAAGAAGCUGGAGGCGCUGCUGACGGCAGCGGAGACAGCACACAUCGACACAAUGAAAAGCCAAGUCUAUGACCUUCUGCUCUCGCUGGCGGUCGCGGUGUUCUGUGCGGUCGGCGUGUGGCAGUGGAUUCUCAGAGACACCCGAUUGUUUCACCAAUGCCGUCGUCGAGCCUCAGCACUCCUUGGACUCAUCCUGCGGCUGCUUUGCCAGGGGCUCGGUGUUGUCAUCGGAGCCAUCUGGAGCGCAUUCUUUCUGGCCGGCACAGCCAUCACGUCGCUGUGUCUCUGGGCUGGCUCCGUCAUAUCGUCACUGACCACACGGGCAGCGCAGCCUCGCCAUGUCGAUACCGACCUCGCCCAACAGCAACAAGGUCAGCAAGAGGGCAGGAGCAAUGCAGUAGCCCAUGCGCUUCGUUCUCUGUCAGAUUCUGCCAGUGCCCACGGCAAACGUGCCAAGAAGAGACACCAUCGAAGGUCGGUAUCAACGAGGGCGGCGGGUGGCGGUGAAGGUGUCGCACAUGGACAAGGGGCAGAGGGGCACGACAAUCCAGUGUAAGCAGCACACGGGCAUGCAGGCAGCCAGACGAUGGAUGGAUGGAUGGAUCCUUCAGAUCUGUGUGUAUGGGUGGUGGCGAUGGGGGAGUCGGCGUGGCUACCACAGGAGACGACGGCAUCUCUGAGCACGAGUGAGUGAUUGAGUGAGCAGAGACAUGAACGAAGCAGCAGCGAGUGCCUUGUGCGUGCAGGUACGUCAACUUGCUACAGCAGUACCAGGCCAUGGCGGCUGAGCGAGAGGCGGCCCUCCAGGACGCCCUCAACAAGGAGCGACAGAGGUACCCAUGUCCCAUCCAUGCCGCCAUUGCUGUGUCUGCAUUUGCCGGGUCAGUGCCGAGACGAAAGGCAGGAAGAUGGGCGCCGCUCUCGAGCGGCUCAAGGCGGAAAAUGAGAACCUAAAGCACAUGUAGGGACACACAAUCAACGACACGCGCGUGAGCUGUCUGUCCAUGUGUGUGUGUCUCCCACAUGUGUGUGUGCAGGUUGUUGAGUGAGCAGACGACCAUCGCAGCACUGAAGGAGACGAAGAACAAGUCAGUCAGAGUGGGAGGGAGACACGUUUCCAUCCAUAUCCAUGUGAUCUGCCUGUCAGCCUCGAAAUCGACAAGGAGCGUGCCGCGAUGACCGUUGAGGACCUAACGGAGAAACUAAGCAAGUCAGAACAGUCAUUCAUCAUGCUACAGCAACAAACGUGCCGCAGGUCAUAUUGUGGCUUGUCUUGUCGCAUCAGGUGUGAGGACAGCCUGGCCAAUCUGCAGCACGAGAAGCACGAGACCACCAAAAGAAUGCAACGGUCGUGAGCUACACGUACAGCGGAGAAGCUAGAGCCACUGUCGGGUCGGAUAAGCCGUAUCUUUUUGCGCAGGUUGGAGAAGGAACAGAACGGCACUAACACCGGGUUCGUCAAUGCGUCGGCCAUCAGGUCAGCCGCUUCCAGCACUGACACACCACACACCUCACACCUUUCCCGCAUGUGUCUGUGGCUGUGUGCAGCUCUUACGAUGAUCGCCUCCGCACGGCAGUGGACGAGCAGGCCGUCCGCCGUCUGCAGGCCGACAUCAACUCAUCCCUGCAGGACGUCGUGGCCGCCCUCGACCACCUGCACACCACCGGCCGUCGGUGCCAGGCGAGGCUGGUGGACCUGGAGGAUCAGAGGAAGUGUGUGGUGUGCACCGAGAGGAGCCCAUGUGUCGUGUUCCACCCCUGCAGCCACAUGUGCAUGUGUGCGGGCUGCUGGUCGCGGAGCAGACAGAGACACCGCCAGCCGACCUGCCCCAUGUGCCGCGCUGAUGUCGUGUCGCACACACAGAUCAACGCAUGAAAGGCCGGCCGGCAGAGAGACCGACAGACAGACAGACACCUGUGUCCAUCCAUCCGUCCAUCGGUUCUGUGCUGUACAGUUUGUGUUUUGGGAUGCUCCAUGGAUGGAUGGAUGGAUGGAUGGAUUGU